CGCUUCACGUGUUUGGUGCAGAGAUGGAGUCUCUCCGGAACUUGGCCGAGCGGUUGCAUGACGUCCAGGCACUGAAGUUCGGUAGUUACGUGCUCAAGAGCGGGGUCACCUCUCCAGUUUAUUUCGAUCUUAGGAUGAUAGUGUCGCACCCGUCUCUGCUCAACCAGGUGGCAGAUGUGCUUUAUCAGAGAGCCCAUAAUGGCAGGGUGUCCUUUGAUGCGGUGUGUGGGGUGCCAUACACAGCCCUGCCAAUUGCCACCAUCAUCUGCUCCCAGCACCAGCUGCCCAUGCUGAUCCGGCGUAAAGAAGCCAAAGAUUAUGGUACAAAACGGCAGGUGGAGGGCACCAUCACUCCGGGGGAGACAUGUCUGAUCAUAGAGGAUGUAGUGACCAGUGGAUCAAGCAUCCUGGAGACGGCAGAGGUGCUGCAAAGGGAGGGGCUGCGUGUGACAGAUGCCAUUGUACUUGUGGACAGGGAGCAGGGCGGUAAGGAGAGAUUGGCACAAUGUGGCAUCCAACUUCACUCAGUCUUCACGUUGUCACAACUGAUGGAUAUACUACGCUCAGUGGGGGCUGUUGGUUCAGAAACCGUCAGCAAUGUCGAACAAUUCAUCCAGGAAAACCAAGUGUGGGCACCGGCACCAGAUCCAAUCCCCAUCUCGGACUUUCCUCAAAGGGCCCAUGCUCCAGGAGUCCAUCCAGUUGCAUCGCGUCUCUUCGAUAUUAUGGCACGGAAAGAGACCAACCUGUGUCUGUCUGCUGAUGUCACGGACGCCUUUGAGCUGCUCCAAUUGGCUGCAGAUUUGGGCCCCUCCAUUUGCAUGUUAAAGACCCACAUAGACAUCCUGAGGGAUUUCACCCCCAAAGUGGCAUCAGAGCUACGUGUGUUGGCAGAGCAGCACCAGUUCCUUCUGUUUGAGGAUCGGAAGUUUGCCGAUAUAGGCACCACAGUCAAACAUCAGUAUGAAGGUGGCAUCUAUAGAAUCUCUUCAUGGUCUGAUGUGGUGAAUGCUCAUGUUGUGCCUGGCCCUGGAGUGGUAAAGGGGCUGCAGCAAGUGGGGGGUCCCUUAAACAGAGGCUGCCUGCUAAUAGCAGAGAUGAGUUCUGAGGGGACCCUGGCUACAGGGGAUUACACCAAAGCCGCUGUGCAGAUGGCAGAGCAACACCGGGAUUUUGUCAUUGGUUUUAUAUCUGGCCGCAGAGUUGUCAAAGACCCAGCAAUGGUGCAUUUGACCCCAGGAGUGCAGAUUCAAGCAGGGGGAGAUGACCUUGGCCAGCAAUACCAGACUCCUUAUGAGGUCAUUGUGAAUAAAGGUUCUGACAUCAUCAUAGUAGGGCGGGGCAUCUUGUCAGCUGCCAAUCGGCUUGAGGCGGCAGAGAUGUACAGGAAAGCUGGCUGGGAGGCAUAUCUCACUGCCAUGGGGAAUGUGAAGGUGGAGAAAUGAUGUUCAGAAAGAGCAGCUGCCAGACUCUCCCCGUGCUUCGGCCUGCAUGGCUGAUGGAGAACAAAACGGAUAACUCAUUAAAGGAUUAAAUGGCCGUCUAGUACAUUCCCUAGGGUAUUGUAGUGCAUAGACUCUGAUCCCACACCCAGCUGUUAAGUUUGAAUAAAUCUACAUCGUAUUGGUUCAGUUGCAGAGGGUACUCUUCUAGAUCUGAACUGCUGUGUAACUGUCCCAGAAGUGGGUCCAGCUCUGCUCUAGGCUGUGGGACUGGGACAGCAAUGGAUUUCAGCUUCUUCACAUUUCAAACCAAUGCUUCUGUUAUUCUUUCAAUGGUUCCACCUCCUCAGUAUCCACAAUAAAUUUUCUGUAUCUGUC